GCACAUCACAUUACGUUUAGUGAUUUUUGUCAUCUACGUGCCAUCAGUUAUUCAUGGUGGCAUGCCUCCUCCUUCUCCUCCUCCUACUCCUCCUUCUACCUCUGCUCUUUACACAGAUUCAACUACGAAUCCUCCUACAACUACUACUCCUACUCCUGUUCCUAAUAUUGCUCCAAAACCUACUCCUAACAGGGUUUGCACUGGACCAAAACAAAUACACAUAGAGGAGUUGGUUGAAGCAAGACGUUCCGGCAGAUAUCCAACUGCAUCUAUAAGAAGAGCUAUAUUUAAGUCCCGAAGAAGGAACAGACACGAUCUUCAUUUUGCUAGAGGUCAUGGACACGGUUUUUGUGAAACAUACAGACACAAAACUGCUGAUGUAAAACCUGUUGACAAAUCAUCUGUUUCACCUAGACCUGUUCCUUUCUGGCUUGAUACGUGCCCAAAAUACACAAAGUACUUUUACUUUCCAAAAACCAUCGUAUACAAAGGACAAACAUGCUGGAUGCUUUCUCCAUGGUAUCGUCUACGUUGUCCCUACACUGCCUGCACAUCUAGGGGUUGUCAAGGAGUAAAGGAAGCAUAUUCAGGAAUCACUGCCUGCAGACAGAGUACAUGGAGGUCAUAUUAUUAUUAUAUUUGGUGCUCAAGGUCCGGUUUAGUGCGAAGACGUAUCCGAUUGCCGCAAUGUUGUUCAUGUAUGCGACUGAGAUGCCCUUAGUUCCAAGCAAUGGCUACUCCGCUAUAAACACCAACAGACAGAUAUCUUUCAAAUAUAG